UCGCGAGCAAGUUAUUCUAGCUUUUCGCAAAUUCGGCAAAGAGACCAAGCACGGAGGAUGGGCGCCGUCUUGGAGAAGACUUUAACGUAUGGUGAUAUUAGACCAAUUCGAUUAAGCCUCGAGGCUCUUAGGAGUCGGAUGUUAAUUAGAAGACGUGUUCCGGAUAUUGAACAAGAUCGGGGUAUUCAAACUCGAGAAGAUAAGCUUGGGUUUUGUGAGAAACGGAAUGAUCUGCUAAAACACAGAAGGAAUGCAGAAAAAGCCAUAAAAUACUACAACAAGAAGCACAAGGGUGCUAAAUUUAAGCUGGUGGAGAUCAUAUCUGCCUGUUCUUUCUUUUCUAUGGGUAUUUGGGAGCAUAUCAACUUCAAUGCUUCUGAAGAUGACAAGUCUCAGAAAAAUUUUUUUGCUGAAUUUUCACAUGGAGAAGCUCAUUGGGGAAGGAAUCAUAAAACAGAAGCUGAAAAAAUCACUGCAUGUUUUUUGUUGGAAGAAGGGUCUACCAAAGACUACUGUGGAUUUUGUCCCCGUGAAAACAAAAUUGAUCACCCUCUUCAGGGAUUUACAGCAGGGAUUCGCUGGUGAUUUUAAUGCAUUUUGUUGAGGAGCUUCCUUCACGCAAUAUGAUGAAAACUAUAAUGCAUCCCUACCCCUUCAGCAAGCAAAAGAAUUGCACUACUAAUAGUUUGUUAUGUGGCGAUUGUCAGCUUUUGUCAUAUGUUCUAUCUAGCAAAGUUUAUCAUAAAGGAUCCUGAUGCUUAUUUUAGUAAGAUUUCUCAGUGUGAUUGGCUCAUAUGCAUGUUUGAAUAGCUUUCUCAUGAAUUUUUUUUGUUUUUGUUGGGGUAUCUUUUGAAUGGCAAGAAAUUAAAAAUAAACUAAGCUUUUGAGUUUGAUAA